AUGAGGAUGCAACUUGGGAGUGUAAUGGCUGUAGCAGCCUUGAGUGGACUUGUUUAUGGUGCACCUGCGCAGAAUGGAAGGUGUCAUCCUGUGGCAAAGCCCGGCCCGCUGGUAGGCCUGGGCGACUAUGAAGAUACAUCCGUCCAGCAACUCUCGUUUGGCGCUGCUAAAGGUUACAAGGGACAUGUACUUGUAGCUUCGGAUGAUGCGGGAGAGGCCCUCCAAUUCUAUGAGUGUGAGCCACCGUCAGACAAGUAUGAGGGCUCGAAUGAUUAUUGGUACUAUGGUCAAGUGCGCUCCAAGAACGACCCAAGUCUGUGCUUGACGCCUGGCACCGUAAAUCGUCCCAUUAAGGGAUCUAAGCACAAGUGGGAGGCUUAUCCAGAAGAUGGGGAGAAGGCCGUGCGGAUGGAACCAUGCGCACAGGAAGCGUCACUCACUAUGCGAAAGCAAUGGUUCCGUAUUCCUAGGACAGGACCUAAAGGUUGCUCGCGCGAGUUGGACCAGGCUGGCUGGAAAGGUGACGAACUCUCGUUGCGACUUGAGUAUGAUGGUGGUUCGCCUGUCACAUUUGGCGUGACGACUAGGGACUACGCGAGGAUUCUCAUGCUAAACUCAGGCAAAGCCGAGCAUAGGUGCAUCAAUGCAUUCUAA